AUGCGGGCGCCUCACACCCGUGUCUCUUCUGGUGCUGCUUCUGCUGCUGCUCCUGCUGCUGCUUCUGCUGCUGCUGUCGCGGAUUUGGGGCCUCUAGGGCGGUGGCUGCCGCCGAAGCUGCUUGCUGCUGCUGCUGGUCUCGCUGCUCGUGCGGUGUACAUACAGCAGCGGCCCGCUGCAGCGGAGGCAUCUUAUGAAGAACCUGAAGCAGCAGCAUCAGCAGCAGCAGAUGCUGCUGCUGCUGCUGCUGCUGCACUGCUGCAAAGCGCCCGUUUGCGGCUGCAUGAAUUGGGGCCCCCCGAUUUGGCUUCGUUGAUUGCGAGUCUCAGUCGCCUAUCACCGCAGCAGAUGCAGCAACUGCAGCAGCAGCAGCAGCAGCAGCAGCAGCAGAAAGGGGAGCAAGGAAAGCAGGAGGAGGAGCAGCAGCAGCCGCUGCUACACGAAGCAGAGAAGGUGGCAUGGGUUUUGCUGCGCUGCUGCUGGGGGCCCCACAGAGAAGCAGCGCUGCAGCAGCUAAGAGAAACGCUCUUAGCACAACUUUCCCUCCUGCAGCAGCAAGGGCAGCAGCAGCAGCAGCAGCAGCAGCAGCAGCCAAGGCAGCAGCAGAAGCAGCAGCAGGGCAUCUGGGAUGCCCCUACGUUUCGCCAAGGGGCUGCUGUUGCUGCUGCGCUGCUGCGCUGCGGCUCUCUCGACUCGCUGCUGCUGCUGCAGUUGUGGCGAGGUGUAUACAGGGGUUUAGGGGGGCCCCCCAACGGAGUGCUGUCGCCUGCUGCUCUGCGUGCGGCUGCUGCAGAGGCCCCUGCUGCAUGCGUUGCUGCUGACGGGAGAAGGUGGGCAGCAGCAGCAGCAGCAACGCAGCUCCACGACAGGGGCUUCUGGAUCUCGCUAUGGGGCUUGCUGCAAAGGAUACAACACAUCUCCCCUACGAAGGAGUUAUUUGCUUUCGGUUGUUCUAUCCCCUUGCGGGCCCCCCCUGGGGGCCCUCUGGGGGGCCCCCCUGGGAGCCCUUUGGGGGGCCCCUCUGGGGGCCCUUUGGGGGGCCCCUCUGGGGUCCCUUUGGGGGGCACCCCUGGGGGUUCUUUGGGGGGCCCCCCUGGGGGCCCCUUGGGGGGCCCCCCUGGGAGCCCUUUGGGGGGCCCCCCUGGGGGCCCCCUUCGGCGCCCCUCCCCGCCUCGCGUGGGCAGUUUGGUUUAUUGUUUAAGCCGAAGGUUGGCGUGGGAAGAGGAGACAGAAAGAGACAGAUUUGCUGCUGCACAGCUGCUGCACCUCUCAGCUGCGCUGCCAAGUGCUGCUGCUGUCUGCGGCGACGCGCCGCUGCUGCAGGCAGCAACAGCAGCAAUCCGGAAGAACCUGCUGCUCAGCAACAGCAACAGCAGCAGCAGCAGCAACUGUUUGCAGCUGGCUGAGGCGCAGCAUGUGGCUAGCUGCUGGGUUGCUGUCUCUCGUCUGAUGCUCUCGCUGCAGCAGGCCCUCGAUGCUGCUGCUGUUGCAGUGUAUCCGCAGCUGUCUGCAGCAGAAGCUCGCUGUCUCUUGGACUAUCGAAGCAGCAUCAGCAGCAGCAGCAGCAACAGCAGCAGCAGCAGCAGCAGCAACAUUGACCCGGUUGCUUCACUCCUGCUGCCGCCCGACAUUGUGUCUCCUUUGCAUGUGCUGAGGCCGCACGCUGCGGCAGCACUGGAAGCAGCAGCAGCUGCUGCAGGCCCCACACCAGCAACAGCUGCAGCAGCACCAACAACAAUAGUAGCGGCAGCAGAAGCAGCUGCUGCUGAAGCCCCAGGGGUUGCAGCAAGCGUCUGUCAGCAGCAAGCAACGGAGGCCCAAGAGCACCUGCAGCGCGUCUGGCGAGAGCAGCAACUGUCGCGUGUUGCUGCUGCUGCUGUUGCUGCUGCUGCUAAGGCUGAGGACGCAUUCGAACAGCUGCUGCUGGAGACUGCAGCAGCAGCAGCAGCAGGGUUUGCUGCUAGGGCUCCUCCUCCGUUGUUGCUGCUGCUGCAGCAGUCUCUUGCUGCUCUGCUGCAGCUGCGCGAUGCCUUAGCCCAGGCUCUGCUGCAGCGGUGGUCAGCCGUUGCUGCGGCAAGCAUCAACCGCAUUAGCAGCAGCAGCAGCAGCAGUGGUAAAGCCACUCCAACAGCAGCAGCAGCAGCAGCUGCUGCUGCUACUGCAGGUGAAGCAGCAGACCCCCGGAUUGCUGUCGCUUGGGCUCGUGCUGCAGCAGCAGCAAACUGCUGCGGGGCCCCUGAAGAAGCUGUGCAUGCGGCGCUGUUGCAGGUGGAGAGACACCUUGUGGGUUCGCGGCGCCAGCUUGAGGCAGCAACUGCAGCAGCAGCAGCGGCAACAACAGCAGCAGCAGGCCGUGUCCCUGUAAGACACCUGCAGCAGCUUGCUGCUGUUGCUGCGCUGCUGCAUGCAUUCGUUGCAUGCGGCGUCCGCCCCAGAGCAGCGCUGCACUCUUUGCUGCCUGGCAUUCGUAGGGCUGUAUACUAUCAGCAGGAGCAGCAACAUCUGCUGCAGCAGCAGCAACAGCAGCAGCAGCAGCAGCAAGAACAGGGCGACUACGGAGACGAAGCCUUCGUGUGGCAGUGCUGGGCCGACAUCCUAUUGUCUCUGGUAGAGCUGCAGGCUGAUGAGGCACUUGGUGCUGCAGCUGCGCUGCUGCAUGCACAGCUGCUGUCGCGGGCCCCACACCUCAAUGACGAAGCACUGCUGCUGCUGCUGCAGACGCAGUUGUUGCUGUGCUGCGGCUCACCCCGCCUAGGAGAGGACCCUUUAAAGCUGCUGCCUUCCUCGGCAGCAGCAGAAGCUGUGGAAGCAGCAGCAGCAGCAGCAGAAUCUGUGGAAGCAGCAGCAGCGGCAGCAGCAGCAGCAACAGCAGAAACGCCAGCCGCAGCAACACUAGCAGCGCCGCCAAGAGCAGCAGCAGCGCCAGCAGGAGCAGCAGCAGCAACAGCAGCAGCAGCAGCAAUUCCCUUGAACUGUUGCAGCACCACACUAGAUUGGGCGGGUAGGAGCCCUCUGCUGCUACCGUUAUUAGAGGGGUGCGAGAAGACAACACGGAGCAGCAGCAGCAGCAGCAGCAGCAGCAAAAGCGACAGAAGCAGCAGCAGCAGCAUGAGCAGGGAUGCUGUGUCUGUGCUGCACAUGCUGCUGCUUGAGACGGAAAGGAGACACCGAAGCGGCAGCAAGCUGGAGUCUCCGCAGCAGCUGCUGCUGCUGUCAUUCGCGCUGCACUUCUUUGAGGGGUUGAAUCCUGCUGCUGCUGCUGGCUGCAGCAGACUCCAGCGCCUCGCCAGCCGUCUUGCUUGGCGCAGGGAAGCCAUUGCAGCAGCAGCAGCUGCUGCAGCAGCAGCAGCAGCUGCUGCAGCAGCAGCAGAACCGGCGGGAGCAGCAGCAACUGCAGCAGCAACUGCAGCAGCAAAGACUGAUGAUCGCAUUGUAUUGAAUCGGUUCUGCAUAAGGCCUUCGCCUUGCUCCUAUCAAGAUAUCUCCCUUCUGCUGCCAGCAGCUGACAGCAGCAGCAGCAGCAGCAACAGCAGCAGCAGCGUGGCGUUGCAGCUGGGUGUGGGGCCGAGUCACUGGACAGACCGAUGGGUUUGGCGGUUUGCUGCGGAGGCGGUAGCUCUUCGUUCCUCAGCAGCAGCAGCAGCAGCAGCAGCAGCAGCAUCAGGAUCAGCAGCAGCAGCAGCAGCAGCGGGAACGGUAUGCUGCAGCAGGAGACAACAGCCACAGAAUGUGUCUCCUCCUCAGCGGCUGCACAUUGGGGCUUGCAUUGAAGGCUGGGUUGCAGCAGAUGGUUGUGUGCAUGCAGAGGAGACAGAUAAAGCUGCUGCUUCUGCUGCUGUGCUGCUGCUGCUGCCCAGGCCUAACCUAUGGCUGAAGGAGACGCUUGAGGACCUGGCAGGGGAGUCAGCAGCAGAGACACCCGAAAGAGACAGUGCAUGCACUGCGACUAAAGAAGAACAAACGAAAAGAAAGGAGACACAUAUCAGCAAAGAGACAGCAAACUGCAGCGAGCAGCAAAUGAUGAGGCUUCCUGCUGCAACUCUGAGGCUCUUCUUUGGAUAUCUCUCCAAAGCCAGAAAGAAACAAAUCGCCCUGCUGCUGCUGCAGCAGCAGCAGCAGCAGCAGCAGCAGCAGAAGAGCUAG